AUGGAUCCCUCGAACCUGAAAAGCGGUCUGCCCAUGUCACCACAUACCGAAGAGCCGCUCAUCAGCCUCCACUUCCCGCAAAAGCUCUGGAGGAUCAUCAAUGAGUGCACGUCCGGCGCCAUUAGCUGGUCGGUCGACGGCAAGGUCGUGGUGAUCGACUACGCCAACUUCCAGUCCACCUACAUGUACGAACAGCAAGAGAUCUUCAAGACGAGCAACAUGAGGAGCUUCAUCAGGCAGCUGAACUUGUACGGAUUCCGCAAAGGUCGUCGCCUGCCCUCGCCCGACCGGCAGAGGGUGACACGGCGUGUUUCGAAGAAGCCGCCCAGCCCCUCGUCCCGGCCGUCCACCCAGUCCGCGUCGGAUUCAACGGAUGCCGGUCCCUCGCACCUGCCGCCCAACAACCGCGCGUCCUCCACCAAUGAGGGCGUGCCCUGGUAUGACGAUAAUUCAAGCAGCUGCACGAGCACCGACACGAACAGCCUUAGCGACUAUGACUGGGAACACAUAACCGCGAUGGCCAAGGUGCUGAGCGAGAAGAGCUUACUGGAUGAGCUCACCAACCCGGAUGUGACCAACUGGCCCGUAGACGAAACCGUCGAAGACAUGAGCCUCGGCGCGCUCCAGCCAGUGUGCCCCAUCAGCGGUGCCAGCUCCACCGAGUGUGGCAGCAGCCCGAUGCCCUCGUCCAGUAGCAGCAUGCUCGCUCUGCUGGACACCAACAACUCCCCCAAUAUGGUGCUCACGCACCAGGCGGGAGGAGGCGAGCCCGACGACAUCCCGUGGCUGGAAGAGUCGCUUAUGCUCGAUUCCGUCUUCGGCAACCUCGACGAGUCGUUGAGCGACAACCUCUAUUCCAUCUUGACGGAGGAAGCCGAGAACAGAGCCAUUGACGAUCAGCCCUCCGUGACCAUCGACGGAGUUGGGGAGUCGGCCACCAGCUUCUUUACGUCGUCGGACCUCAGCCUGGACCUCCUGCACUCCGUGUUGUACGACGAAGACCGGGCGAGCGAGAAUGACGAGUUCAACUUGGCCAGCGUCCAAGAGGCCCCUCAGCACUCUGUGGAACGCACUCCGGACGCAUAG